AUGACAUCCCAAUUACACACGUCAAGGAGUUCUGGAGAAGAAGGAAAAGAUGCUGCACUCAAAAAGGAAAAACCCUACAAGAUCUUUUUCAAAGAUCUCUUCCUUUUCAAAGAAAAUGAAAUUGCUGCAAGGAAAAGGGAAAGAAUGAAGAACCACAGCAUGAAAAUCUACCAAAAGACCACGUUUUCGUCCCGAAUGAAGAGUCGCUCGCACCUUGGCCAGCUGGCGUUUUUUGCUGAGGCAGGUGGCGGUUCCUAUGAACGUCUGGGGCUAGAUCCUACUCUUAUUCUCAGACUGACAGAAGGUGCGGACAGAAAGAGGACCGUCCAUGAAUUUAUUAAUGACCAAAGAGACAGAUUUCUGCUUGAGUAUGCAGUGUCGACCAAGAAAAACACAAUCAAAAGGUUUGAAAGACUCAUAGCCACGAAAGAAAGUCAACUCAGAAAAGCCGAGAAAAAGCUCCAAGAUGACGUAUUGUCCUUUGAAGAGUUCCUACGAGAAAAUGACCAGAGAUCUGUCGAUGCUCUCAAAAUCAAGAGGUGGGAGAACAAGCUGCUGAAGUCGCAGACCUUGGCUUUAAGUGAUGGCAGCCGUGUGGCCUUUAUGGUUCCAGGAUGGUCUCCCCAGUGGCGGGAGUCACAUCGGCCUUGGGUGUGUUUUUCUUCACUUUAUGGUGAUUCUCAUCUUCUUGAGCAGAAGCGGCUAACCAUCAGGCAUGAACCUACAUGGAAAUCCAUUUACUUUGCUGAGAAGUUUAUUGAGUUCCUCUUGACGAAUAUCAGACAGCCAGUGGCGAAAAAGGAUGGCACCUUUCAUCUCCCGAAAUAUAUUAUCUACCAGCUCAAGAGACUGCAAAAUCAAGUAAAACAUCGAAGUGUCGAGGAAAAGCUGAUAGACUCACUUAGUAGAAAGAUUAAUCAAGUAUACAGAGUCUGCAUUGGAGAUGCUGAGGUUGGCAGCCUGAAUGCAGUUCAAAAACUGGUCAAAGUCGAGUCCCGCCUGGUGGAGCUGAGCGACCUCAUUGAAUCUAUUCCCAAAGAAAGUGUGGAAGCAAUCGAAAGGAUCAAACAGAAGGAGCGACGGCAAAAGCUGCGUGAAGAGAAGAUGAAAGAAAAGCAGAGACACCAAGAGGAACGGCUAAAAGCUGCUCUGGAAAGAGCGGUGGCACAACCCAAGAAGAAGUUGGGAAGACGACUUAUCUACCGUUCGAAACCUCAAUCUGCUAGCAAACACGAGCUACUUUUAGUCGGUGAUACAAGAUCCAAAUCACAGGAGGAAGAGUAUUUUUUUAGUUGA